AUGGUGGCUACAAUUACAUUCAAACUUCGUUCCAGCAAUCACGUUGGGAUUAUUGACGUUCCCCACCGCCUGAUAUCAUGUCGUGAGAUUAAGGAGGCGAUUGCGACGCAGUUGAGCGGCUCCCCGGAAGAGAUUGACAUCUUCGUUUCAGGGAGCUCGGAUUACUUGCACCCGGAGGAGGAGCUUCCCGCCUACACGGUGGUGGAGGUGGUGCGACAUGUUGCCUCGGGAAGGCCUCCGCCAAGGCGCGAACGCGAAGCGCCUGCCAGUAACCCCCCAACUCAACGUGCACUGUCGAGGAUGAGCACCAAAGAGGGGGAAGUCUCCGCCUCGUUGACUGAGGAAGAACGACUUGCGCAGCUAAGUGAGGCCGUGGCUGCGGAAACGGGCAUUGAUGAGGUAGGCAGCUGGCGAACACGUCAGACCCGCAAUCGUCCCAUGGGCGGGGCAAUGGGAGGUCGCGAGGAUACGUUUCGCCCACCACCGCCAGGGUACAUUUGCCAUAACUGCGGCAAGCGUGGGCACCUCAUUCAGCACUGCCCGGCGGCAAAGGGGACGAAGGGACUGAAGGUGUUGUCCCUUCCAACUGGUAUUCCGGAGACCAUGUUGGUGGAGUGUACGAUGGACGACCCAGCAGCGAAAUUUGUCACACGCGAUGGCCGUUUAGUGAAACGUCGGCUGGACAACUCGAGCUUCACCGGCGUUGUGACGACCGCCGCUGAUCUGGCCGAUGUUCCGCAUGAGUCUGACACAAGUUUAAAUAGCGGUGCGGGUGACCAUAAGAAGAGCUCUGUCGACGGCGCUGAUGCGAAGGCCAAAAAGGAGUCCAAAUUUUUGUGUGGCUGGGACAAGGCACUGGCAAAGAAUGCGAUGAAAGCCCCUUGUUGUGCGACCCUGUUCUGUGAGACGUGUUUUAAUGAUAAGGUGGAGGAGUUGAUUGGCCGCGACGACGCUGAAGGGGAGCCGCUUCUGUGUCCCGGCUGCAAUAAACCUCUCUCUGUGUGCGACGUCGCUCCGGCGGUGGAGGAGCGAAAAAUUAUUGAAUCCCUCCAUUCCCGGAAGCGUGGAAGAGAGCUAUGA